AUGGCAGCCAUUCGGAAGAAACUGGUGAUCGUCGGGGAUGGAGCUUGCGGGAAAACAUGUCUUCUCAUUGUUUUCAGUAAGGACCAGUUUCCUGAGGUCUACGUCCCAACGGUGUUUGAGAACUACAUCGCUGAUAUCGAGGUUGAUGGAAAACAGGUGGAGCUGGCAUUGUGGGACACUGCAGGCCAGGAGGACUACGACAGGCUGAGGCCUCUCUCGUACCCCGACACAGAUGUCAUCCUCAUGUGCUUCUCCAUUGACAGCCCAGACAGCUUGGAAAACAUCCCUGAGAAGUGGACUCCCGAGGUGAAACACUUCUGUCCCAAUGUGCCAAUCAUCCUGGUGGGGAAUAAGAAGGACCUGAGGAACGAUGAGCACACACGGCGAGAGCUGGCCAAGAUGAAGCAGGAGCCUGUGAAGGCAGAGGAGGGCAGAGACAUGGCCGGCAGGAUCAGCGCUUUUGGCUACCUGGAGUGCUCUGCCAAGACGAAGGAUGGUGUGCGGGAAGUGUUUGAGAUGGCCACUAGAGCAGCACUGCAGGUCCGCAAGCACAGGAAGAGAGGCGGCUGCUCGUUGCUGUGA